CCUUAAAUUAGUACUGCUGCUACACCGGGCAGAAGAAAGUGCUGUUAUCUCCCAAUAGCGAGGCCUGAGGCGGCGGUGGAUCGGUAUUAGGUGUGUUCGGGACACAGGUGAACUCACGGCUUGAAGGGCCUGGCGGAAGAUUAAAUCUCAAAGCGAAUCACCACGGUGUGUCCACAUGGCCGAUACGGAGCCCAAUUUCCCUCCUCUGCCCGGGUUUGUUCCUCUGAAGCCCUGCUUCUACCAGAACUUCGAGGAGAUCCCUGAUCAGCACCGCAGCAUGUGCAAGAAAAUGUACAACCUGUGGAUCUUGAACAGUGCCACCCUCGCAGUGAAUUUCGUCGGUUGCUUUGCUUGGAUGUUUGGCGGCGGCGGAGUGACUAACUUCGGGUUAUCCCUCAUCUGGCUACUGAUGUUCACCCCUUGCUCCUACGUGUGUUGGUUCAGGCCCAUUUACAAGGCGUUCAAGUCAGACAGCUCCUUCAACUUCAUGCUGUUCUUCUUUGUGUUCAUGGCCCAAGUUGGGAUCAGCAUCAUCCAGAGCAUCGGUAUUCCAGGAUGGGGAGUAUGCGGCUGGUUAGCCACCAUCUCCUUCUUCAGCUAUAACAUUUUCAUUGCUUUAGUCAUGCUCAUCCCGACAAUCAUGUUCACGGCUGUGGCCUCGCUGUCCUUCAUUGCACUCACCAAGAUCCAUAAUUUCUAUCGCGGCACUGGGGCGAGCAUGUCCAAAGCGCAGGAGGAGUGGGCUACGGGAGCCUGGAAGAACCCCCACGUCCAGGCGGCUGCCCAGCAGGCCGCCAUGGGGGCGGCUGCUGGAGCCAUGCAGGACCAAUUCUCCAGCCCGCAGUACAACGACAACCAGAUGUAGCGCCGCCAGGGCGGGAGACGGCAGAACUUUAAUGCCAAAAAUUUCACUUAAGAACAUCAAAACCAUUUUACAUCGGAAAAAAAAGAGAGCAGUGAAUGUCUAUUGGUAGCUCAUUUCCCCCCCCCAAAUCUUCAUAAAAGGGCAUUUGUAUUCUUUGUGUUAUUUUUAGAUUUAAUUUUUAUGAAAACCUAUUUCCUCUUCACUUUGAAGAGGAAACUGUUAAGUGUUGUGAUGACAUAAGAGCCGUGCGCUAAUUUAAAAACCUUUAGCAAUAGAGACUUAUAUGAACAAAAGUGAAAGUGAAUGUACUUCUCAAGCUUUCUGCAUAUGGAACAUAUUUUCGUAGAAAUAUGUAAGAAUCAUGACUUUACAGUAUUUAUAGUAUUUAUAGAAAUAUUUUUGUUAUAUUUGGAAUUUACAUGUAAGCCAGAGAUACUAAUUUUGUAAACAUGUUUUAACGGGUGUUACUCUCAAAAACCUCAAACUAGUGGAACAUUUACAUGACCUUCAACAAUAACGUUGUUUGGAAAUGCAAAUGGAUGUAUUAUAAUAAUAAAAAAAAAAACAAUGCUA